GACUGCUGCAGAACAGAAUCACUACGAUUACACCUCCUUCUCCUCCGCGCGGGGCGAGCUGCUGCAAAAUAAAGUAACUGCAGAGGACAAGUGUUUUCAGCGCGGUCGUCAGUGUCAGGGUUUCUCCGGGAUUCACGGAUGGUUUUCAGCAUGGAUUAAAAAACAACAUCAAUAACCUGACCUGACAACAGGAAGGAGGGCUCGUGUGUUCGGACGCUACACAUUCAGGGUGACCAUGUAUGAGGCGUUACGCGCAGCGUUACUGUCCAGCGCUCGGUGCUGGGAUGCCGACAGUAGCAAGUCAUACCAGGAGUUGUUCGAGAGACUCGACACCAACAAAGAUGGGAAGGUGGAUGUCGCUGAACUGCGAGCGGGCCUUAAAGCGAUGGGCAUGUUCCGCCAGGGGGCUGCACAGAAGAUCGUGUCGUCUGGAGACCAGAACAAAGAUGGGAGUCUGGACUUCAACGAGUUCACCAGAUACCUGAAAGAGCAUGAGAAGAGGCUGCGGCUGACGUUCAAGAGUUUAGACCGAAACAAUGACGGCCGCAUUGAUGCCACAGAGAUCCAGCAGAGUCUUGCAGAGUUGGGCAUGGACGUCAGCAGAGAGGAUGCCCUGAAAAUCUUACAGAGUAUGGACAUUGAUGGCACUAUGAUGGUGGACUGGACUGAGUGGAGGGAACACUUCCUGUUUUACCCUGGUCACAACCUGGAAGAGAUCAUACGCUACUGGAAACACUCCUCGAUGCUGGAUAUAGGCGACAGCCUCGCCAUUCCCGAUGAGUUCACCGAAGAAGAGAAAAGCUCUGGUGGCUGGUGGAAGCAGCUUUUUGCUGGCGCUGUGGCAGGAGCCAUCUCUCGCACUGGCACUGCCCCUCUGGACAGGAUGAAAGUCUUCAUGCAGGUUCAUUCCUCUAAGAACAACAGGAUAGGCCUGGUCGGAGGCUUCAGGCAAAUGAUAACAGAGGGAGGUCUGCGUUCACUCUGGAGGGGAAAUGGAAUCAACGUUUUAAAGAUUGCACCUGAGACGGCGAUCAAAUUUAUGGCCUAUGAACAAUAUAAGAAGUUGUUAUCAUCAGAAGGCAAAAAUAUUGAGACUUACAAGAGAUUUAUGGCUGGCUCUCUGGCAGGAGCCACAGCACAGACAGCCAUCUACCCAAUGGAGGUUUUGAAAACACGACUGACUUUGAGAAAGACCGGCCAGUAUUCAGGAGUGUUUGACUGUGCCAAGAAUAUCCUGAGGAAGGAGGGUGUUAAAGCUUUCUACAAGGGCUACAUUCCAAACUUAUUGGGCAUCAUUCCCUACGCUGGGAUAGACCUCGCUGUUUAUGAGAGUCUAAAGAACACAUGGUUGUCGUACCAUGCCAAAGACUCGGCUAACCCCGGAGUUCUGGUGUUGCUGGGCUGCGGGACCAUCUCUAGUACCUGUGGCCAGCUGGCCAGCUAUCCACUUGCACUUGUACGCACACGAAUGCAGGCACAAGCAUCUCUGGAUCCAUCAGACCAGCCCUCCAUGAGUUCUCUCGUGAAGAGGAUUGUUGCCAGAGAUGGUUUUUUCGGACUCUACAGGGGCAUCCUGCCAAACUUCAUGAAAGUCAUUCCUGCUGUCAGCAUUAGCUAUGUAGUUUACGAAUAUAUGAAGACUGGCUUAGGAAUCUCCAAACGAUAAUGCAAGCAAAUAGAAUAAGAACAUUUACCAUAAUUGUCUGAAGUCCAAAAAGAGAUGGCCGUGAAACACGCGGAGCAUGACUACCUUGAGCUUGCACAGGAGUUCAGUAAAUGGAAAACUGCAUGUACUCCAGGGUUGUCUGUCUGUAGCAUAAGCAUUAAUGAUUUGUGGUGAGCAUGCUUUCAUUUUUAUUUCUGCUAUUACACAUAACAUAUUGUCCAAAGCAAUACUUGAGGAAGCUGUACACAUUGUCAAACAUGCCUGCAAUUACAAUUUUCUAUUUCAUUUAUCCUACUGUUUUUCUUUUGAGACUGUGAUCAACCAAAGUUGAAUCUCUGUGGGAUCCAUAUUUGUGCUCCCAUAAAGAAAAUGUUUUCUUCAGAGAAAGAUGAAGCCUGUACAUGCUAGGAUUAAUAUCUUAUUUGAUUCCUAUUCAGGAUAUUUUACACCAGGCCAACUUGUGGAUGUUUUUAAGUUCCCACUGGUUGAAGGUAAUUGAAUACCUCAAAAUAAACAUCUGCCCUGGAGGGACUUUAGCUCCAGACAAAUACUGCUCCAGUCUACGGCUGUCGGCUAAAAAUAAAUGGCCUUGAAAAUCAAUACUUGUUAACGCUGGAAUACUGAGUGUAUGAAAACACACACACAAAUGCACACACACACACAUGUUGUGCAAUGCAAACACCAGUAAUUCAAAGGGCCAUGUUAUCAUGUAAAUGUGCCUUACAGCCACUCGAUGUGAACUUUCUCACAUCAGCAGAUAUUUGUUUCUUUUUAACAUUUAUAAGUAUACUGUAUAUUUGUGUAUGUAUACAGUAUAUUUUAUAGUUCUGAUUAUUUAUGGUUUGAGUGAUGGUUACUACGGUUUGAUGCAUUUUUAAAGCAACACUACUGUGUUUUAUCACUGAAUUGAAAAGCUUGUUGAAAGCACAUUUGUGUCUUCCAUCACCACCAUAAACAUCCACAGUGUGAUCUUAUUACUUUUGUUUAUUGUUCUGUCACUGUGUGUCACAAGUGGUUGUGAUUUGCCAUUUGCACUCAGGUUUUUGUUUUCCUUCAUGAGUUGUGAGUGUGGACUUUCUUUUGUAAUGAAUGUAAUGAAUAACACUCAUGUCAUUACCCUGAACAUGUGGAAACUUCAUAUCGAAGUUGAACAUGGUCUUUGAUUGAAGGCUUUAUUAAGAACGGUAUCACUGCUGGUUUAAAGAUUAUGAGGCAUGUUAAGAGUUCCACUCUGUGGAAAGAUAAUAAAGAACUAGUUUUA